CCCUCAAACCAGCAGCAGCUGAUAAGCUCGGGAUGCCGAUGUGGUCCAUCUGGAGCUUGGUAAUCUGGCCCAUCUGGAGGCCCUGCAAAGGCAUCAGCGAUUGCAGGAAAGGCGGGAUUUGCUCAAACACCGGGAUCACGUGACCAAAGACCACCAACUUGCCGGAAAUCCCCCGGAUGAUCCAGGUCUCUGGAGUGCCUACAUCCCCACGACCUCCUUUCCACCCCCCUCGCCUGUUUCUCGGUACCUUUCCACCACUACCUCUCCUUCCCUCGCCUCCUCUGUUUUCAGGUCCCUCCCAAUGCCGGGGUUUGCAUACCUCAUAUCACGUGCACUUAUCUCUUUUCGUAUCACGUGCACUUAUCACUUUAUUUCACACCUUUAUAACAUGCAACUUCCGCUGGUUUCGUCCCAUCACCACCAUGGCCCCCCACGCUCUAGCCGCCGAAAGCGACGCUGCCAGCUCGCUUGUAGCUGCCAGCAACAGCGACUCUGCCGCUCUCCUCAAAGCCAACCCCUUCGGAACCCUCGUGGAUCCGUCCUCGUUGCGAGGCGUGGCCUACACCUCUCCAGCCGCUAUUAUCAACCAGACCGUCUAUGCAAUUUCCAGCAAGAUUUUCAGCUACGAGACGCCAGGAGCUCCUAACUUGUUGGACCACCACGUUCAGUUGUGGGCCCAGAACUACCAACGUCCCAACUCGUUUGGCGUGGUUCCGUUUUUCCACCAGUUGCAGGUCAGAUCAGGCGCCUCCAACGCACUUUUGGGCUACUACAGCAAGAACGGCACCAACGGCCAGCCUCUCAGUGUCCUUCUUGCGUCCAACGCGUUGUCGUACAUGCAACCUGCGUUGGCUGCGAAAUCCGCCGCCAGCUUGCCUUUGGCGUUGAACGUUUCUGCCAUUGACUACGACUCAGUUUCUAACAGCUUGUGCUCCAACUACAUCACGUCGUUGAGUGCUGCACGUUCUUUGGGAUACUCUGUCGUCACUCCGGUCAACCUUCGUGACGCUGCUGAGUUGCAGCACUUAACAGUGCUCAACCACUACUUGGCUGCGUUGACAGGCACUCCAAGCAUCCACUUGUUCGACGGACCCGAGGCAGCCAAGACCUUCACCAAGUUCGCUGGUGUGGCCUCGCUGGACAUCGUGGGCCAUCUCUACCAGAGCUUGUUGAACUCCAAGGCCGAAUUUUCCAGCUUGGACCAGGCUGUGGCCGUGGCCUUCGAGUCUUUGAACGCGUUGACCGGUAAGAACUACUCGUUUUUCGAGUACGCAGGCCACCAGAGCCCCGACACCGUGUUUGUGGUGUACGGAUCGCACGAGUCGACGGAAUUGUCCACUAUUGUUGAAAAGGUGGCUUCUGGAGCCAAGAUCGGCUUGAUCAAGGUCAGAGUGCCUUUGCCAUUCAACCAGGCCGAAUUCAUCAAGACUGUUCCCAAAUCGACCAAGAGAUUAGUAGUUCUCUCGCAGGUUUCCCACGACAACCAAGUUUCUUCGUCGUUGAAAGCUGACAUCACUGCUGCUUUAUUCUUGGGUGGUGUGUACCACAAUUUGAGCAUCGAGGAGUUCAACUACCCCUUGAGUUUCUUGUGGACUCCUGUUACCAUCACCAAGAUCUUGAACGAAUUUGUUUCGUCCUUAAACCCAGACUUGGCUUUACUUUCGGCUCCUAGUGCACCAGCUGCCGACAUUACUGCCAACACCUCUCCCGAAGGUAAGUUUUUGUUCUGGGGUAAGGACGAUGGACUCUUCCUCAAGAACGCCGACAAGAUUGCCCUUUCGUUGUCUUUGGACGACUCAAAAGCAGUUCAAAUUAGAAACAAGUUUGACAACUCCAACGGGGGUGGUCUUUUUCAAUCCCAGAUCGUUUCUGCCGCUAGCUCGAGCAAUAUUUCGUCUGUGGACUCGGCUGAUUUGGUUGUGCUUGAAGAUUUGUCAAUUUUGAACAGCUACGACGUAUUGGCUACUGCCAAGCCUGGAGCAACUAUCUUGUAUAUCAGCCACAAGCCAAUCACUUCCAUUGACGAGGAUGUUAUUCCCAAGUUGCCUCUCGAAUUCAAGAGAAGCUUGGCAAGCAACCACAACAAGUUGACUUUGGUUGAUUUCUCGCUUAUCGACGAAUUGGAUGCCAUUAACUCUGCCACAAGCGGGUUGACCAGUGAUUUUUUCAUUCAAUUGGCCUUCUGGAGGGCCUCCUUGCCUGAAUUGGGAGGCUUUAUUGUCAACAAGUUAUUGCAAGCUAACGGUAAUGAUUUCGAAUUGUUGGCAGUCGUGUUGGACAAAUUCAUCAACACUGUUGACGAAAAGAACGGGUUGCGUGAAAUUCCUGUCCUUCCUGAGUGGGUUGACUUGAAGGAAGAAGUUCCUGAAGACCAGGAGAAGGAUGAAGCUAGUAAGGAUUCGGAGGAAAAGAAGGAGGAAGAAAAGGUUGAAGAAGAAGAAGAAGAAGUUGUCUUGCCCUUCUUCCCAGUUGAAUCUUCUUUCUUCCCCAACCCACGCCUCAGCAACGAAGGAAUCGAAGAAACUACUCUUGGUGGUUACAAGGAGUUGGCCACCAAGUUAGCUUUCUCUGAAGCUUUCAAUGUCAAGAAAGAAUUGAGACCCGACUUGCCUGUGAAGAACUUCGUGGUUAAGGUUCAGGAAAAUAAGAGAUUGACCCCACAGGAGUAUUCCAGAAACAUCUUCCACAUUGAAUUCGACACCACUGGUACUGGAAUGAAGUACGAGAUAGGUGAAGCCUUGGGUAUCCACGGUAGAAACAAUAGUGAAGAAGUUGAAAAAUUCUUAGAAUUCUACGGUGUCGAUGGUGACGAUGUCGUUGAAGUUUCCAACAGGGAUGACGCUUCAAUCUUAGAAAUUAGAUCUGCCAGACAGACUUUGGCCGAAAACGUUGACUUCUUGGGUAAGCCACCCAAGAGAUUCUACGAAGCCUUGGCCGAGUAUGCUGAAGAUGACACGGAAAAGAGCCAUUUGGAGAAGUUGGCCAGUGGUGAGGGCGCUGCUGAAUUAAAGAAGAGACAGGAUGUAGACUUUGACACGUACGUUGAUGUGUUGGAGGAGUUCAAGUCUGCCAGACCUGGUUUUGCUGAUUUGGUCAAGAUAAUUGCGCCAUUGAAGAGAAGAGAGUACUCGAUUGCCUCCUCGCAAAGAAUGCACCCUAAUGCUGUCCAUUUAUUGAUUGUUGUUGUCGACUGGGUUGAUCCAAGAGGCAGAACCAGAUUUGGCCAUUGCUCGAAGUACCUUUCUGAUUUGAAGAUUGGAGACGAAUUGGUCGUCAGUGUCAAGCCUUCUGUGAUGAAACUUCCACCAUUGUCUACCCAACCAAUCGUUAUGUCCGGAUUGGGUACUGGUUUGGCCCCAUUCAAGGCAUUCAUCGAAGAGAAAAUCUGGCAGGAACAGCAAGGUUUGGAGAUUGGAGAAAUCUACUUGUACAUGGGCUCCAGACACAAGAAGGAGGAGUAUCUUUACGGGGAGCUUUGGGAAGCCUACAAGGAUGCGGGACUUUUGACCCACAUUGGUGCUGCGUUUUCCAGAGACCAGCCGCAGAAGAUCUAUAUCCAGGACAAGAUCAGAGAGUCCAUUGAAGAGUUGACUGACGCCAUUGUGACUAAGAAUGGGUCCUUCUACUUGUGUGGCCCCACCUGGCCUGUUCCCGAUAUCACUGCUUGUUUGGAGGAUAUUGUGCAAAACGGAGCGAAGAGAGCAGGCACUGAAAUCAAGGAGGUUGCCAAGGUGGUUGAGGACAUGAAGGAAGAAGGCCGUUACAUCUUAGAAGUGUAUUGAGCCAUAGAUUAUUGUUUAGAACACCAAUAGAAAGUUUUCGCGGUUUGAGAAGUAUGGGGAAUGUCAUUGUAGCGAGUUUUGAGUGAGUAUGAUCCGGAGCGAUGGGCCUGGGGUGAAAAAUCGGGAUCGACUACCGCAAUGGGUAUGAAUUGUGUAAUUACAAGCGUCAUGGAUACAUGCAACAUGCACCUGGGUGCAAGUGGCACAAAUGCAGGCAUCACUGGAUAUCCACGAUAGGUUGAUGCCCUCCUUAUCUGGCCAAUGGAAUGGACUCAGCUAGGGACCGGUGUUAUCGGGGGCGAUAAGGGGUUCAGCCCCUCCAGCCUCGCCUACCCCGUAUUUUCAAGAAAGCAGAACAACUCCGGACGCCUCUCUGGGCCAGACCGUCGACUUU